CCAACCCCGCCUCCCUCCCUCCCUCCCUCAAGCCGGUCACACUUCCAACAGCAAGUUCCUCCGCGGUUCCGGGAGUAUGGCAGACGAAGACGAGUCUCCGCCGGAGCCCGCCGCCUCGCCGCCGGAGAGCCCUCGCGCCGCGCGGCCGCAGUCCGUCUCUUUCCCGGAGAGCUUCCAGCCGGCCGUCGGGAUGGUGAGCCAGCUGCUGACUCAGCCGUCGUCGCUGAAGUUUGACAAAAACAUCAAGCAGGCCUUCUACAACACGGGCGCGAUGAUCUUCGUGGCCAUCUGCUGCGGGGCGGCGGUGCUCGUCUACUUCAUCCUGGAGGCCUUCCUCCGCCCGCUGCUCUGGGCGGUGCUGUGCGGCACCUUCCUCCACCCCUUCAAGCACUCGCUGGCCCGGCUCGGCCGCUCGUGGCUCAGCGGCCUGCAGGACAGCGGCACGCCCAUCCUGGUGGGCACGCUGCUGGUGCCGGUGUGGUGCGUGAACUACGGGGUGGAGGCGAUGGGCCGCCUGGUGCUGCAGAGGCUCACGGUGCUGCUGGUGAUCGGAGCCGGGGCGCCGCUGGUUUACUUCCUCUACCUGUUCUGGAGCGUCAUCGGCAUGCAGGCGAUCCUCGGCCACGUCUGCGGGGUCGUCGGGGCCGCGCUGGGCUGUUUCCACUCUGCGUGGGUUUGCCCCGUGGUGUUGGGCUACUUGUCGACGGUUUGUUUCAAGUGGAGUCCCCAAACCGAGCGCUACCUGAGGGUCCUGGCUCUCCCCGUCUGGGCCGUCCUGCUCUUCUACAUUGUAUCUCUGACCGGCUCGUGGAGAGUGCCCUUGUUCGUGGUUGUGGUCGUACUCCUCAUCGUGGGCUCCCAGGAGAAACCAACUGUCCCUGGCAGAGGUGAGCUGUCUGGGCAGGUGUUAUCAUUCGCUGCCAACACCAUUUACAUGGCUAUCUCCUGUAGCAACCUUCAGCUGAAGACUGAGCCCGGUGAAAAACCUCGCGCAGAUGGUGUGCAAUCCGUGGGCUCCCAGACUGGCACCCCGGGCUUCCCUCGGGGCUCUCGUCGUUCAUUACCAGCCGGCCUCUUCCAGAGAGAGAAAAGCUCCCACAGAGCCAGCGACAUUUACUUCAUUCUACUGGUCUGGGCCAUAGUUUUGGUUCAGGUGUGGCUCAACCUCUGGAUCUUACAGCUGCUGCCUAUCCCUGUGGCUGUGUGGGUGCUGAAGAAGCUGGUGGUCCACUUUGGCCUCAAGAGCUUUGCAGAGCGGACUCUCGCCUCGUGGUGGACAUUGCUGGGGAAGUUCGGACGAGAGCGCGAGGAAGCCCUGCUGCCUGGACCAAUCAAAGGCCUCACUCAGUUCCUGCUGCGCGUCGACACCAAGCUCUGGCAUUGGCUUAACAAGCAGAUGAUCGUGGGGUUGGAGCGAUCUCUGGACAAAAUCAUCAGCAUCUUCAUCAUCUUCCUCCUGGUCAUGGGGACCCUGCUCAUGGCUCUGCUGCUGACCGCUAUGGUUCAUCACGAGAGUGUUCACAUCAUCGACGUAACCAGUAACCUCAUCAACGAAACUGUGUCCAACCAUCCGGAAUGGGCCAAUUUGCUUCCAGAGGCUCGCGUGGUCCAGAAGGCUCUGAAUUCUGCUGCUACCAAUGUGUAUCAACACGGGAGAGAGUGGAUAACGCUGAGGCUUCACAAGAUGUUAGGAGACAAAGUGAACCACACGGCGGUGAUUGAGAAACAAGUGUUGGAACUGUGGGACCGGCUGUAUCACUCUUGGUUUGUGAAGAAUGUGACCCAGUCUGGACGCCACCGUGGUCAGAAGAUGAUAGUUGGGAGACAGAACAGCUGGUUGUCGGACAUCCUGGACUGGAAGGACGUGGCCUCGUUUCUGCAGGAGAAUAUUGAGACUCUGCUGUCUAUCGUGGAGUCUCUGUGGGUGGUGAUGAGCAGGAACGUUGGCCUCCUCAUCUCCACCACUACCACGCUCUUCACCGUCCUGUUCCACAGCGGCACGGCUCUGCUCAACUUUGCCCUGAGUCUGGUGAUCUUCCUCACCACGCUCUUCUACCUGCUGAGCUCCAGUGGUGAAUAUUACAAACCUGUCAAAUGGGUGAUCAGCCUGACCCCUCUCUCCCAGCCCGGACCCUCCUCCAAUAUCAUAGGCCAGUCUGUGGAAGAGGCCAUCAGAGGAGUGUUCGACGCCUCUCUGAAAAUGGCUGGCUUCUACGGCCUCUACACUUGGCUCACUCACACUAUCUUUGGCAUUAACAUCGUCUUCAUUCCUUCUGCUCUGGCUGCCACCCUGGGUGCCGUGCCCUUCCUAGGGACGUACUGGGCCGCGGUGCCAGCGGUGUGUGACCUGUGGUUGGUGCAGGGCGAAGGCGUCAAGGCCGUGCUGCUGCUGAUCUGCCACCUGCUUCCCACAUAUUUUGUUGACACCGCCAUCUACUCUGAUAUCUCCGGGGGCGGACACCCGUACCUGACGGGUCUGGCGGUGGCAGGCGGAGCCUACUAUCUGGGUCUGGAGGGCGCCAUCAUCGGGCCCAUCCUCCUCUGCAUCCUGGUGGUGGCAGCCAACAUCUACAGUGCCAUGUUGAUGAGCCCCAGUUCUGCGGCGCCCACGCCGGUGCAGUCGACCUGGCCUCUGCACCCGAUCAGGAAUUUCGCAGACUCCACCCCGUCUGUCCUGAAGAAGACCAGUGACUGAGAGCAUGGGGGCCUGUUCCUGUGGACAGCGGGCCUCUUUUGGUUGUUCCCUCGGGGGAAGUGCUCCCCUUCCUGAAGCUCGUCCACGCGCCGCCUGGCACUACAAGCGUCAGCCCCCACCCAAGAGGAGAUGGCGGCGUAAUGGUCGAUCUCCCAUGAUGCCGCCUGCUCAUCGGAACUGUUUCUGUGCGAGCUGCUCUCAUUCGAGACUCUUGAAUUGCAAAUGUGAUUUAUCACAUACGUCCUGAUUCUCAAACAUGGACCAAAUGACAUCACAUUGGGCUUUAGAAUAACGAACAGUGGAGAUGAUGAUGCAAAUCACAUCAUCUUUUCAGAACUUAGUGCCGAAAUGUUUUUUUCUAAUAUUGAGAAAAUGGCAAACAUUUCCACGUGGUUUGUGAAUUUUUAAGAUGAUACGUUUUAUCUUCAAAGCCUGUGAUUGUCCACCCUGCACAGCCCAGCUCUGUUUACAGCUGCAGUAUGUGGUCGUGCAGUGUCUGUACUCCCUACCUCUCUCCUCACGGAGGCUCAAGUAGAGUUUCACCUCGCAAGAGAACGUUGACUGUUUUGACGUUUCAGUGGUGAAACUAGAAGUCUGCUUUAACAUAGACGUUCACUCUCGCUCUACUGGACCAGGCUUUGUUAACCACUGUAACGGUUUCAUGGUUGAAACUCUUAAUAUAUUUCAGGCUCAAAAGGGCAGUACGCGAUUCUAAAGCAAAACACGUUUUAUAAAAAUCAGGAGGAAUAUCUCCUCACGGUCCGCUAGCUGUCGGUUCUGUGUGCAGUGGAAAAAAAAUCUGGGUUUUCGGCGCAGCCCAGGCUCCGUAAAUCGAAAACAAAAAAAAGGGUUGCGCAACCGCACCACACAACACUGUGUGCAGUUUGCAAACAUCACUCGUCGACACCUUAAGAGACUUGCUUGCGGGUGGCGCUGCAGCUCAGGGGUUUUGGCCUGGUGGUCACCGCGUUGGUCUGCCGUACACGAGGUCGCAAUCCGGCUAGUGCAGUAAAAUCACAUAAACAACAAAGAGAGAAAUAAGCUCUCUCCAUAAUCACUUACUGCCCCUUUAAGUUGUUUGUGUUAACCUUAUACACACACAUACCUGCAAACAAGCUUUCAUUUCUAACCCACUCAGCUGAUCAGUCAGUAUCUAAGGAUGUUUACACUCAGAGGACAUUUGAUGUUAAUGUACUUUUUUGCGAGCACUUUUCAACUUUUGAUCUGUCUGUGACUCACAUCCCCGUCACAUGAUCUCAUCAGUAGUUUGGACCUCACUCCCAUCCCCUUAGAAAGGUUUUAUGUGUAUGUUUUCCUCUCCUCCUCAUCCACUCCUGCACUUGUCCACCUCAUACGUCAACUACAGUCAGAGCGCUGCUCUGAGUAUGAAGCGUAUGAAGGAGUUUACACAACCUAAAGCUUUAAUAAAUGAAUGUAAUGCGACACAUGGAUCAUUCGUGUCAGCUGCCUGAGAGUGGGAGAGCGGUGGUCUCAGUUGGAAAAAGCGUGUGGUUUAUUAGCGGUCAUACUGUACUUCCUUUUUUUGACUGGAUAUGCACUGACACAAUAAACAUUAUCAUUUGAA